UCUGCGCGGCCUCUCGCCGCCUCUCCCAAGAUGGAGGCCGGCGAUUGGCUGCUCUCGGGGUCGGCGCUGCUGCUGCUGUUCCUGGCGGGGGCCUGGUGGUCGUUCCGGCCCCCGAAGCGGCCUGCCGGCGUCGCGGCACGCGUGGCCGUGCUGGUGGUGGGCGACCUGGGCCGCAGCCCCCGCAUGCAGUACCACGCCUUGUCGCUGGCCCGUCGCGGCCGCCGCGUCGCUUUCAUCGGCUACGCGGGCACAAAACCGCACAAUGAGAUCAUCAGCAAUGAAAACAUUGAGAUUGUUCCCCUUAUGGAGCUCAAAAUCUGGCAAGUUGGGCCCAGGUUUUUCCAGUAUAUCAUAAAAGUGAUUGUGCAGAGUUUCCAGCUGUUGUACACUCUGCUAAGGAUUGCUCCACCAGACUAUGUGCUUCUCCAGAAUCCGCCCGGUUUGCCCAGCAUUGCAGUCAGCUGGAUAUUUUGCCUACUGCGAAACAGCAAGCUAAUCAUCGAUUGGCACAAUUAUGGGUACACUCUAAUGGGACUGACUCACGGGAAGAGGCACCCGAUCGUCCGGAUUGCGAAAUGGUAUGAAGAAUUAUUUGGCUCCUUGUCCAACUAUAAUAUUUGUGUGACCAAUGCAAUGAAAGAAGAUCUUCAAAUGAACUGUAACAUCAGAGCAAUAACCCUGUACGACAAGCCAGCAUCUUUCUUUAAGGAAACACCUCUGAGCGAACAGCACAAAUUGUUCAUCAGGCUCUCCGAAGACUAUGCUCCUUUUAAAACGGUGGAAUCCUUCCCUCCAGAUCAUGUUGAAAGAUCUGCCUUUACCCAGUUUGAUGCCAUCAGUGGAAAUGCCACACACCGUCCAGGCCGACCAGCUCUCCUUAUGAGCAGCACCAGCUGGACAGAGGAUGAAGAUUUUUCCAUCCUGUUGGAAGCUUUAAAAGAGUAUGAGCAUUGUGUCAGCAACGGAGCAAAACUUCCUUCUCUUGUGUGUGUGAUCACAGGCAAAGGGCCUCUGAAGAAUCAUUACAUCAAGUUGAUGGCUACUCUGCACUUCGAGCACAUCCAGAUUUGCACCCCCUGGCUGGAAGCAGAAGACUACGCCCUGUUGCUUGGCUCCGCCGAUUUAGGGGUUUGUCUUCAUAAAUCUUCCAGUGGUUUAGAUUUGCCGAUGAAGGUGGUAGAUAUGUUUGGCUGCUGCUUGCCCGUCUGCGCAGUGCAGUUCCAAUGUUUACAGGAGCUGGUGAAGCACGACGUGAACGGCUUGAUAUUUAAGGAUUCGUGUGAACUUGCAGAACAGCUGAAGAUGCUUUUUUGGGAAUUUCCUGCUGAGGAAAGCCAGCUUGCUUUAUUCCGAAGAAAUCUUCACCUGGCCAAGCAGCAGCGCUGGGAUGAGAGCUGGGAACAGACAGUAUUUCCUCUGUUCAGCGAUGGCCAAUCUGAUUAGCGUAUAAUAAAUUAGAAGCUAGUUGAUAAAUGAUGGUUUUUUUCCCAAUUUUGUAUUAUCCUGUCGGUGUUUGAAAAUUAAAAAAAACAGCUUAAAUAAGAA